GAGGCUCCGCGAAGGGAAGGAGCGCCGGGGUGGGCGCUGAGGCGGGGGCUGAACCCGGAAGUGGGUAGGCGCUGGCGCGAGCGCGCCCUGGAGUGGAGCCGAGCGGCUGGGAGCCAGUGGGGGAGCCCGGGGUUCCCGGUAAAAUGGAUCCGUGGGGCGUCUGCCUAGGGAAACCGGGUGGGAAGGGCAGUGGAUAUCUCGUCGGCAAGCGUCUUCUCCGCCUGGCCAGGGCCUGGGGAGGCUGUUUUGCCUCCUUUAGUCGUCGCUCGGGUUGACCCCACUCCUAGUCAGUGCCCUUUGGGGGCCGCUUUUGGCCCGGGUUUGGGGAGAGGGACGUGCGCCGCCUCCGCAGAGCUGCGCUUUGCCGGCGCUGUUGAGCAGGUUCGCGGGGAGACCCGGAUUCUGCGGCCGCCACGGCCUUAUUGUCACUGCCCCAGCGCGCCUAAGCUCUGACUGCAGACCCCGCAGUCUGCACGGUCCGCUGUCCUGCAGGCAUCCCUCCCUCCGUCCCGGCCCAGUUAUUUCCAGCUUGUUUGUGCAUCAGGCCCGGAAGGUGCGCUCUGGCUUCCUUGAAAAUUAUUCUUUUGUUGGUGGUCUUUUCUAACCUAGCUGCCCUUGUUCUCCGCCCUGAAAUCUUAGCCAACGAUGAAGGUAAGCUGUGACUUUGGUAGAAUUUAGUUAUGAUGUAGAAAAGAUCAGUUGACAAGUAAGCGCCUUUGGUUAUUUAACAUUGCUUGGCUAUCGAGUUAUUUUCCGUGGUUCUUUUGCAGACCAUGAAACCGUCGGGCACGCCCCUCCAGAAGCUGUUGUCCGAGACAAUCUAGUUUCCUCUAUGUAUCCCUUACGACACUUAGGAAGUUUCUUGUUCUGAAAUUGCUGUACUGCAAUGAAGAAGAGGAGAAAGGUUACUUCAAAUCUUGACGAGAAGAUCCAUCUAGGCUAUCAUAAAGAGUCUUCAGAGGGAAAUGCCGCUGUGGAGUGUGACCAAGUGACCUACACUCGUUCUACGGAAAGACCUGAAGCUCUUCACUGUUAUCAGCAGCUUCCUCCUUCUCCAGAUCAGAGAAAGCUUUUGAGUUCUUUGCAAUAUAAUAAAAAUUUGCUGAAGUAUUUGAAUGAUGAUAGGCAGAAGCAACCAUCCUUCUGCGACUUGCUUAUCAUAGUAGAAGGAAAAGAGUUUAGUGCACAUAAAGUAGUCGUUGCUGUUGGCAGUAGUUAUUUUCAUGCGUGUUUGAGCAAAAAUCCAAGCACGGAUGUUGUCACUCUGGAUCACGUAACACAUUCAGUGUUUCAACAUUUGCUGGAGUUUCUUUACACAUCAGAGUUUUUCGUGUACAAAUAUGAAAUACCUCUUGUUUUAGAGGCUGCAAAAUUUUUAGACAUUAUAGAUGCGGUAAAGCUGCUAAAUAACGAGAAUGUUGCCACUUUUCAGUCAGAGCUGACUGAAAAGUCAACGCCAGAAGAGACACUAAGCGAGUUAACUGGAAGACUAUCAAAUAAUCAUCAGUGCAAAUUCUGUAGUAGACAUUUUUGUUAUAAAAAGUCCUUAGAGAAUCAUUUGGCUAAAACUCAUAGGUCCCUUUUAUUAGGGAAAAAACAUGGGUUAAAAAUGCUGGAGAGAAGUUUUUCUGCAAGAAGAUCAAAAAGGAAUAGGAAGUGUCCUGUCAAGUUCGAUGACACCAGUGAUGAUGAACAAGAAAGUGGUGAUGGAUCAGACAAUUUGAAUCAAGAAAGUUUUGAUAAGGAAAAGUCAGAUAGAAAUGAUUCUGAGGAUCCUGGAAGUGAGUAUAAUGCUGAGGAAGAUGAGAUAGAGGAGGAAAUGUCAGAUGAAUACUCCGACACUGAAGAGCAGAGCGACAAAGACAAUGAUGCUGAAGAGGAACCUGAGGCUGGAGACUCUGUAGAAAACCUUCACGAAGGCUUAGCUCCAGUCAUCAUUCAGAACAGUAACAAAAAAAUACUGCAGUGUCCCAAGUGUGAUAAAACAUUUGACCGGAUAGGGAAAUAUGAAAGUCACACCCGUGUGCACACAGGUGAGAAGCCCUUUGAGUGUGAUAUUUGUCACCAGCGUUAUUCGACAAAGUCCAACCUAACUGUUCACAGAAAGAAGCACAGUAAUGACAGCGAGUUUCAUAAGAAGGAGCACAAGUGCCCUUACUGUAAUAAACUGCACGCAAGCAAGAAGACAUUAGCCAAGCAUGUUAAGAGAUUUCAUCCUGAAAAUGCACAAGAAUUGAUUUCUAUCAAGAAGACUAAGAGUGAAAGUUGGAAAUGUGACAUUUGUAAGAAAUCUUUUACUCGAAGACCACACUUGGAGGAACAUAUGAUUCUUCAUUCUCAAGAUAAGCCUUUUAAGUGCACCUAUUGUGAAGAACAUUUCAAAUCACGGUUUGCACGGUUAAAGCAUCAGGAAAAGUUCCAUCUGGGUCCUUUUCCAUGUGAUAUAUGUGGUCGUCAGUUCAAUGACACUGGAAAUUUGAAACGCCAUAUAGAAUGUACUCAUGGUGGAAAGAGAAAAUGGACUUGUUUUAUUUGUGGGAAAUCAGUAAGAGAAAGAACUACUUUAAAAGAACAUUUGAGAAUCCACAGUGGAGAGAAGCCUCAUCUCUGUAGUAUUUGUGGGCAAAGUUUCCGUCAUGGGAGCUCAUACAGACUUCACUUACGAGUGCACCAUGAUGACAAAAGAUAUGAGUGUGAUGAAUGUGGAAAAACAUUUAUUCGUCAUGACCAUCUUACAAAGCACAAAAAAAUACAUUCAGGUGAAAAGGCUCAUCAGUGUGAAGAAUGUGGAAAAUGUUUUGGGCGGAGGGAUCAUCUCACUGUCCAUUACAAAAGUGUGCAUCUUGGAGAGAAAGUAUGGCAGAAAUAUAAAGCAACAUUUCAUCAAUGUGAUGUUUGUAAAAAAAUUUUUAAAGGAAAAUCAAGCCUGGAAAUGCAUUUUCGGACACAUUCAGGUGAAAAACCGUACAAGUGUCAAAUUUGCAAUCAGUCUUUUAGAAUUAAGAAAACUUUAACAAAACACCUGGUUAUUCAUUCUGAUGCCCGACCUUUCAACUGUCAGCACUGUAAUGCAACAUUUAAGCGGAAAGACAAGUUGAAAUACCACAUCGACCAUGUUCAUGGGAUAAAAUCUCCUGAUGAUCCUCUCAGUACUUCUGAGGACAAACUUGUGCCCUUGCCAGUAGAGUAUUCAUCUGAUGAUAAAAUCUUUCAAGCAGAAACAAAACAAUAUCUGGACCAGCCCAAAGUUUAUCAAUCAGAAGCCAAGACUAUGUUACAGAAUGUAUCUGAAGUGUGUGUUCCCGUUACCUUGGUCCCGGUUCAGAUGCCUGACACUCCCAGUGACUUGGUGCAGCACACAAGCACCCUUCCACCAUCAUCCCAUGAGAUCCUGUCACCACAGCCACAAUCAACUGAUUAUCCACGUGCAGCUGAGUUAACAUUUCUGGAAAAAUACACUCUUACUCCUCAACCUGCAAAUAUAGUUCAUCCAGUCCGACCUGAGCAAAUGCUAGAUCCCAGAGAACAGUCUUAUCUUGGAACAUUACUGGGUCUUGAUAACACUACUGCUGUUCAAAAUAUUUCCACUAGCGAGCAUCAUUCAUGAGUAAACAUUCCACAGACUUUUCGAUGGUCAUGUGCUAAUGGUAGCUAGAAGCUAGUGGCUUUUAAAUUAGUAGGCUGCUACUUUUUUUUCAUUUUCUCUAGUUUCUCAAGUCCUCAAAACAGCUUCAAAUCAAGAAAACUGUCUCUGUUGACUGAACAUGUGAAUAUUGAAUACAUUUUGGCAUACUAUUUGAAGUAAACGUUUUUUCAUAUUUUAAAGAUUAGUGCUAUUUUUAAUGAGUCUCAAACUUUUCAGAAUUAUUAGUUAUUGGCUUUAUACGAUUUUCUUUAAUUAUCAGUGCAAAUUUUUAUUUCUUACUUUCAUCUCUCUUUUGUGUUCUCCCUGUCUUACAAGUAAGUUAAGGACCAUCUAGCCUUUAAGAGGGAAUGUAAGAGUAUACUGAUAAUUACAACUAUUUCUUUUUAUAACUGUGCAUUAUUUUAUCUAAAUUUUAAAAAAUUGUUAUUAAGAAUUUGAAUGUAUAAGAAAGACCUGGAUGCUUCUGUGUUGUCUUGCCACCUAUCCAUAGUUUUAAUUUAUCAUUAUACUUUGGAUUUUUGAGAAGUUCAAAGUGGAAAGCUAACUAAUGUAAGAUUAGCAUGUUAAAUGAAAUGUGGGAAUGAACUGA